AUGUUAAUGCUCAACGAAAGCGAAAGAUCAUCACAAGACGAUGAAGUCAGGAACCUGCAACUCCCAUUUUUGCCUCUUUCUUUACUCUCCUCUAGUUUAUCCCGCAUAACAAAAGCUAAUAAUUGCCGUCUUCAAUUCACUUGUCACCUCAAGAUAUCUCUUCAAAGUAAUCUUCAGUCAUCUACUCAUGCGCGCAUAAUUUUUCCAAUCAUGCAUGUAUGGACUUUAAGUGAACAAAAAAAGUGCUUAGAAGAAAAAAAGUGCUUUUUACAACCAAAUCAUUAA